GGAACUUGUUUGAGUGUGAGUGAAGUGCAACAACCACGCUUGAGUUUGGCACAAGUGGAGUGAGCAUAGACGGAGAGAUGAGAGAUAUUUAUGACAAGGUAAAACGUACAGGUGUAUAAAUGCAACGAAGCUGCCCCCCGCCAAACCGGCCACCGCGAAGAGGCCCUCCGCCUGGUCCAUGACGUCGCCGGUGACGCCAAGCGCCACCAGGGUCGCGGCUGGCUGCGGCGUCAGAUCUUCUCUCUUGCCCCAUUUCCGUGCGAUAGAGCAGAAGCCCCUUGGGUCUGAGAACGACAUCUACCGUCGCCUGGGCAAGCCCGACCACCAUGAGCCACGAGCCAGGACGCCGCCAGUUGCAGCGUCAAGGCCCUCCUCACCCUCCGAUUCGGCGCGAGCUCUCUCCCUUCUCUGUCGAACAGCACUUGAGAAAGCCCAAACGUCUCGAACCAGGACGCCGCCAACGCCACAAAUCACGGCCAAGGUUGCCGCCGGUCGCCGUACCCCAAGCACCGUCUUUCGGGCCACAAGCGAAAUUAAUCGCCGUCAACGAAACUGGCCACCGUUGUCCUCGCCGGAAUUUGCUUCCUCAUCGGCGCCGUCAGCACCAUUCUCCUCGUUCGAUGUUUUGUCUAUUGGGGUUGGAAACUAUGAGUGUGUGUUGAGUGAAUAUGAGUGUGAGUGUGAGUAGUCAUGGCCGUUUUGGAAUUAAUCUGAUGAAUGUUGUAGCAUAGAAAUGUUGAGGGAGAUCUUGUUAGAUAGAAAAACUAUUUCUGCCUUCUGUUUUGC